UCUCACACUCUCUCUUUUCAUCUUUCGGCUCUUGCUGUAUUAUUUGCCAUUGUAGCAAUCUCCACAUCACCACUGCCCAUCAUGAAUCGUGGAACAGUCGCUAUCGCUGUUGUACAACACCAAGUUACGCUCAUACAACUGGUACAAGCUGCAUCGGGCCACUCUCACCGCCGUCGUGAUCAAUGGCUAGAUGUGUACACUUAUACGCCCUUUGGCGAUCACUUGUUCCUGGCUUCAUCUGUCCCUCAGGCGCGCAUCACUCCCUCAGACCUUCUUAGCGUCUUCCCGUUUCGCACCACCACUACGGAUAUGAUUGAAUUACCUGCACAGGAAUAUCAGGAGUUCCUGCAGCUGAAGGCCAAGAAUCAGAAGAAACAGGAGAAUUUGUGGCGUGCUUGGAAAGCCAAGUUACGCUGAAUAUAGUCCGUUCUACGAAAAACGUCGAUUUAUUUUGCAGGCUGUGGAUUGAGAAAUUGCUUGUAUUUUUAACACUAUCGUCCCCCCACCCCAGAUUGUAUAGAUACCACCUCACGACACCGUUAAACUGUAGCCUUAGUAUCUGAAUUCGAAAUUGUAGCUUGGUAGAAUUUUUAUUCAUCUCGUCCAUUCGGCCGCCGGUAUACAACAGAUUAUCAUAUGAUCAAAUCAGCGGAAUAAAGCAAGAACACAGAAAUGGCCUAGUAGCAUAUGGGAAUAAAAAUAUUGGUAAGUCCACAGCAGGCCAAGAACUACAUCGGUCUGCAGCUAAGCUGUGAUAGCAUC